AAAACAUCAUCUUCGUGUUUACUGGCUUCAGAAACCGAAACGCUACUUCCCCAGCCGCCUUUCGAACAAUGCUAACAUCACAUAGAUGCAGAAGACAGCUCAACGUCGCGAGAGUUAAAAGAUCGUAAAAAAACAAACUGUGACAGUGGUGACGUCUACAGGCCAGGAAGGGAAACGGUCCGUUGUCGCUAAGCAACAUUGACGCUUAAAGGAACUGAAAAAUGGCGGAAAUAAAAAGCAGGUCUUCCUCACAAAGGGUGAAGAAGCCUCUGUCAGCCAGAUUGGACAUGUCCCACUGUUCCAAACCUGUUAAUCGGCCCUCGUCAGCACAGCUUAGGAAACCACAAGAAGAUUUGCUGGCCAAGGAAGAGGAAUAUAAGCGUCUAAAUGCAGAGCUGGAAGCAAAAACCGCCGAACUUGUUCGACAAGCAGAAGAGGUUAUGAGGGAGCAAAACGUAAUGUUGUCGAGGCCAAUUUCCUCAAACUUAGAUAUUGACACUGAAGACGAGGAGGAGACCUUCAGGAAUCUCAAUCUGCUAACACCUACCACAAAGCAGCCUUCGGCAAAGGCACUGACCAAGGACAGGGGUACUUCAAAGGUUACCACUGAAAGCAGACCACUUUCAGGCAACAGAAUCAAGAAAGCGUCAAAAACAGCCAGAACAUGCCCAGGUGAUGAAGUAGCAGUCCUAGAAGAUUUCACCCUGGCUAAGACAAUAAGCAAAAUUGAAGGUAAACUGGAAGAAGAUGGCAUACCUGAGGAUGAAGAGGAUGAUAUCAUGCCAAGUGUUGGGAGUGAAAUGACUGCAGAGGCUCAGAUUCGCUUUCUUAAAGCAAAGCUACGGGUAAUGCAAGAAGAGAUCAACAGGCUUGCCCAUGAAUGUAACAAAAAGGAUGAUGAAAACAUCAAUUUAAGCACCAAAGUGAAGGAACUAGAGGAAGAUCGUUCAAGAUUACAGAGAACAACAAAUAUCCAGCAAACCCAGAUUGAAAAACAAAGACGUCUGGCGGAGGAGUCCAACAGAAGGUGUGAAGGCCUGCAGCAACAGGUCACUGCUUUACAGAAGGAAAUAGAAGGCCUAAAGAGAACACAGAAACAAACUUUAACCAAUCACAGUGCCACAGAAGUUCGUUUGAACCGAGCACUGGAGGAGGCAGAAAGAAGCAAGAUGGAAUUAAAUAAAAUAAAGCAAAUCAGCAAGGACUCUGCCAAUCAAGAACAGAAAAAAAUGGAACUCUUAAAGGCUGAAAAUAAGAAACUAGAAAAGCAGAAGGCAGAACUGAUGACAGGUUUUAAGAAACAACUCAAACUGAUAGAUAUAUUAAAGAGACAAAAGAUGCACAUUGAAGCAGCCAAACUUUUGUCUUUUACUGAAGAGGAAUUUAUGAAAGCUCUUGAUUGGGGGAAGUCUUAAUCAUGUAAAAAAAGUGUGGACAACACAAAAAAA